CGCGGUGCUCCUUGCCAGGCAUUGCUGCAUUCGGCAUCAAUCCUGCCUGCAAGCCAGCCACGCUGGCUCUCCGCCGCGUCCUCUCGACGGUCGCAACAGCUGCGGCCAUGUCUAAGCCCCGCCUCCAAUUGAUCCUCUCCCCUGCCAAGACAAUGUGCUUUGAUCCUUGCGCGGUCGCGGACAAGGCCGGCACCAGUGAAGCGGUCGGCUUGCAGCGCGUCGACGAGCUGGCGAGCGUCAUGGCCAAGCAAUCGAAAGCCCAGCUCAAGGACUGCUUAGGUGUCUCGGACGCCAUCGCCUCGGAGAACUACGACCGCUUCCAGGGCUGGGCGAGCGCGGAACCGCGGCAGGCCGUCGUCGCGUACAGCGGGUUCGCGUACGCGAAACUCGACGCCCGCACGCUGACUGAGGACCAGCUCCGCGUCGGCCAGAAGCGGCUCCUCAUCCUGAGCGGCAUGUGGGGCCCGGUGCGCCCAUUGGACCAGAUCAAGCCCUAUCGCCUCGAAAUGGCGUGCAAGAAGCUCGCGCCGCCCUACAACAAGCUGGCGCUGUACUGGCGCGACCUGUCGACGGAGACGCUUCUCGAGGGGUAUGGUAGUGGUGACCGCGUCCUGGUAAACGUCGCCUCGGACGAGUACGCGUCGGCGAUAGACUUCGCGGCGGUGAAGAAGGCCGGCGUGCGCGUCGUCAAGGUCGACUUCUGGCAAGGAGGCAAGAAGGCGCCGACCGUGCAUUUGAAGCAUGGGAGAGGUCUCGUGGCGAGGUAUGUGUUCACGCACGACUGCGACAGCCUGGACGCGCUCAAGGGCUUUGAUCUGGAGGGCUACGAGUACGACGGCGAGCACUCGAGCGACGACGUCAUGGUGUUCGCGCGCGAAUCGGCGCCGCCGAAGAAAAAAGCCCGGACCAAGUAGUUUCCCGUAUAAGAAUCCUGUGU